UUUCUUUUGUUUUUUCUUUUUCCCUUUUAUUUAAUUAUUAUAAUAUUGACCGAUAAUAAAAUCAAACUUAUUAUGAAAAAUAAUAAUAAUUUAUAUCCUUUACCUUCCGAAAUUAUAUGGAAUAUAAUUCAAAAGCUUGAACCAAAGGAUCUUUCUGUCUUAAGAGUAGUAUCAAAACGAACGAGAAUGUAUUGCGAUCAUCCUUCAUUGUGGGAAAAUAUUCAAUUAAAUCCAAAUAAUUACUUGUGGAAGCUAUCAAAUCUUAAGUCAAUUUUACAGUCUCAUUUACAUUUUAUCAGGAAAAUCCAAAUUUGGAAUGUACGUGAUUCUGUUGUUCGAUAUAUUCUAGAAAACUGUUGUUUUUUAGAAGAUUUAGCUAUCUUUGGUUGGUCUACAUUAUCAGAUCAUGCUUUUCGAACGAAUCAAAAAAUACUUUAUUUAAAAAGUCUAAAAUUAAUUGGUGAACGGAAGUUAAGUUUUGUAUCUAUGGAUGCGUUUACUUUUGGUAAAUUUAUCAAACAAUGUCCACAAUUAGAAGAAGUCUCGAUUCUUCGUUGCCAAAUUCAUUUACACUCAGACAGUUUACUUGAGAUAUUCUCCUUACAAAACAAUAUUUUAUCUUCACUAAAGUUUUUAACGAUGCCAACUAAAAGGUCAUGGACAAGUCAAAAUAUCAUUAAACUAUUUGAAUUAUGCUCUAAUCUAGAAAUUUUAAAGCUUAUUCCCAAUUCUGAUCAGUUUUUAUUAAACUUAAAGGAUAGACGAAAUAACAAUAAUAAAAUGUUGGAUGUAAGUAAUAGUCCAUUAUUAAUAGAAAAAAGCUUACAAUCGAUUGAAGAUGAAGAGUUAUUAGUAGAAGUAAAUAAUAUCAUUAUUUAUAGAAUAUUAAAUUAAUUAUAUCCAUAUAAAAGCCACUAUGUAUAUUUAUAUAUUUAACCAAUAUUAUACUCAUUAAAGAAAGGCUUGCUUAUAUGAAGUCCUAUUUAUAAUUAAUAAAAUAAUAAAGCACAA